CUCGCUCCCGGUGACGGUAGAUUCAACAGCUUCGCUGUUUGUUUCUUCGACUAGCAGAGAUAGAUUUACUGUUUUGGAUCUCUAUCUAUUGAAUUUUUUCAACAAUGCAAACUUCUCGUAGUGAAGAAGCUGUGGCUGAGACGAAAUGUGAUUCAUCUGCUUGAGCUUUCUACCAAAUAAACUUGCAGUUGUGACAUUCACAGACGUUGCACCAAAGAAGGAAACACUGUUAUGGGGUGGUCACUUUAUCCACAACAUUCAUAAAUUCCUUCUCUUGUAGAUUUGGUUGCCAUCUGCAUAAUGCAAGACACCGAUAUGUUCAUGUGCAAACUCUAAAUAGGUGGGGGUCAUGUAUGUUUCAUCCCGUGAGAGGAGUUCCGGAAGCAGUCCUAUAUAUCUGACUGUGGUCGUGUCAUAUUCAGUGGGUCUACAACCAGAGAGGAAGAGAAAACAGUUAACCAUUGUGAGAAAUAAAAUCAAAAGGAAAAAAAAACGACAACUCUUUCUAUUCCCAAUGAUUCGAGGAGCGCUUCUUGGAAUCAUAUGGAUGAUAUAUUGUGUCUGCGCGUCAUUCCAACAAGAGACGACGUUCGUCUUCAACGGCUUCGACCAAGGAGACCAUCGUAUUCACCUUGAGGAUGGUGCAAGAAUCCUUCCAAAAAAAGAUGUCCUGCAACUGACGAAUGCAACGACAACACAAAUAGGUCGUGCUUUCUUCGAGCAGCCUAUUGAGUUCAAACCAUCUGAACCAGUCUCGUUCUCGACGCAUUUUGUGUGCGCACUGGUCCCUGUAAGUGAGGUGAGUAGCCAUGGCAUGGCGUUUUUUGUGUCUCAUUCCACUGAUUUCGAAGGUGCCCAACCAUCUCGAUACUUAGGGCUUUUCAACGCAAAUGGAUCUUCUUCGACACGUGUGUUGGCUGUUGAGCUUGAUAUUGCUAAAGCUGAAGAUGUGCUCGACAUCAGUGAUAAUCAUGUUGGGGUUGAUGUGAACAGCGCAGUGUCUGUGGUAGCUGCUCCCGCAUCUUAUUUCUCAGACAAAGAAGGUCGGAAGAUAGACAUGAAACUCGUGAGUGGCGAUCCUAUCCAGGUUUGGGUGGAUUACGAAGGAACAACACUCAACGUUUCAUUGGCUCCUCUUGGUAACCAGAAACCAAGCCGACCUCUUUUGUCAUCGACAUCCAUCAAUCUUACGGAGAUUGUGCAAGGUAGAAGAAUGUUUGUCGGGUUUUCUGGUUCAACGGGGUCAGGCGUGGUCAACCAGUACGUACUCGGGUGGAGUUUUAGCAAAAGCAUGGCGUCGCUGCAGAAGAUUGACAUCUCAAAACUUCCCAAAGCUCCUCAUCCCAGCAGUAAAAGUAACUAUACAUAUCUGGUGUUUGAUGUUCUGUUGGGUUUACUAGCUUUCUUAGUUUUGGGGCUUCUCUUUGGAGCUUAUAUGUAUAGGAGAAACUUGUACGCCGAAGUAAGAGAGGAUUGGGAAAAUGUGUAUGGUCCACUCAGGUAUUCUUACAAAUCUUUAUACAAAGCAACAAACGGGUUCAGUAAAAAUGAAUUUAUUGGGAGAGGAGGUUUUGGUGAAGUCUACAAAGGAACACUCCCUCGGAGCAUAGAGAUGAGAGAAGUGGCUGUGAAGAAAGUAUCACAUGACGGUGAGCAAGGUAUGAAGCAAUUUGUGGCUGAGAUCGUGUGCAUGAAGAGUUUAAAACACCGAAGCUUAGUUCCACUUCUUGGGUAUUGCAGGAGGAAACAUGAGUUAUUACUGGUUUCUGAGUAUAUGCAUGGUAGCUUGGAUGAUUACUUGUUCAAUCCUGAUAACCCGGCUCUCCCCUGGUGGAGAAGAUUUGCCAUUCUCAAAGACAUCUCCUUAGCUCUGAAUUACUUGCAUACAGAAGCUGACCAAGUUGUUAUACACAGAGAUAUCAAAGCCUCUAAUGUUUUGUUGGACGCAGAGCUUAAUGGAAGGUUAGGAGAUUUUGGUAUGUCCAGGUUAUAUGAAAGAGGGACUGAUCCAACCACAACAGCUGCAGUUGGGACUGUUGGUUACAUGGCUCCUGAGCUUACAACAUUUGGAGCAUCCACCGUGACUGAUGUAUACGCUUUUGGUGUUUUCUUGCUUGAAGUAACUUGUGGGAGGAGGCCUGUGGAGCUUCGCGUGCCGGUUGAAAAACGUUUUCUGAUCAAAUGGGUUUGUGAAUGCUGGAGAGGGUCCUCUUUGAUUGAUGCUAUAGAUCCAAGGUUGACAGAAUUCUCAUCCAGAGAAGUCAAGAGGGUUCUGAAAAUUGGGUUGCUCUGUGCAAACCUUGCUCCAGAUGCAAGACCGUCCAUGGAACAAGUGGUGCAGUACUUAAACGGAAACCUAGCAUUGCCCGAGUUUUGGCCAUAUUCUCCUGGAAUUGGAGCUCUCACUCCAACAACGCUUUCACCAGAACAGCUCUCGCUCGAAUCAGUAUCACUGUCUUCUUCCUUAUGCAACACCUCAAUGUUUAUUACUCAUACAGUUCUCUACGGGAGUGGACGAUGAAAGUUUCUAACAACUUCCCUCAUCAUCUUUGGCCUCUUGACUCUUGUCAUGGACUGUUAUUCAACCAUUUCUAUUCGAUGUUUGUUUCAUUGUAUGCUUGCACAUGUUCAUCAAUGACAUUCUCCAUCAAGUUUCACUGGUAGAACGAUGAAACGGAACUGGUUUUGUGAAAUUUUUUUGUAGCUACUUUACUAAAUAAUUUGACAAUCAGUUGUUAUUGUCACUCUUAUUCAAGGCAUGAGCCAAUUAUAGAUUAAAGACACUCAAACAUUAGAGAUUUUCCGAA